GAUUGAAAAAUGACAUUCCUUUCAAAACGACAGCUGUCCCAGCGUGGAGUUGUCGGUGUAAAAAACUUUUAUUUCCUAUUUAUUUUAGGAAUCGGAUAGCUAAAAGUAUUCCAACAUGGUGCAAAAAAAACCUAAGAAGAAGGUAGGCAAGAAAGUUGCGGCAGCACCUUUAGCCGUAAAGAAAGUAGAAGUAAAAAAAGAAGUCAACCCUCUGUUUGAAAAGAGGCCAAGAAAUUUUGGAAUUGGUCAGGAUAUCCAACCUCCCCGUGAUCUGUCUAGGUUUGUGAAAUGGCCCAAAUACAUCCGUAUCCAAAGGCAAAAGGCUGUUUUGCAAAAGAGGCUGAAAGUACCACCACCAAUCAAUCAGUUCUCUCAGACCUUGGACAAACAAACUGCAACUCAACUAUUCAAAUUGCUGGAGAAAUACCGACCAGAAACACCUCUCCAAAAGAAAAAUCGUCUAAAGGCUAAAGCUGAGGCGAAAGUAGCAAAGAAGGAGGAAGCUCCAUCAAAGAAGCCCAACACUCUGCGAGCUGGUGCAAAUACAGUCACUAAGUUGGUGGAACAGAAAAAAGCCCAACUUGUUAUCAUCGCACAUGAUGUAGAUCCUAUUGAGAUGGUGUUGUUCCUUCCAGCAUUGUGCAGAAAAAUGGGAGUCCCUUACUGCAUCGUGAAAGGCAAAGCAAGGCUAGGACUUCUUGUAAGGAGGAAGACAUGCACUUCUAUCGCUCUUACACAAGUAGACUCUGGUGACAGGUCAAACUUCAACAAGAUUGUGGAGGUAGUGAAGACCAACUUCAAUGAUCGUGCAGAUGAAAUCCGGAAACACUGGGGUGGUGGACUGCUUGGCUCGAAAUCUGCAGCACGUAUUGCUAAGAUUGAGAGGGCUAGAGCUAAGGAAUUGGCUCAAAAGCAGGGCUGAACUCAAUGAUAUGUUUUACAAAUUGGACUUUGUAAUAAAUAAUUAUAAGUUUCUC